AUGAUAUCGACGAGACUGCAAUUUAGUCUCGGGUUUCUUGUUGGUGCUUUUUUCGUGUUUAGUGGUAGUGAUUCUGGGGGAAAUAAUGUGAUAUUAGGCAGAAAUAGUGUUAUAAGUUCAAACAGAACAUCUAGGCAGUUUCCUUUUUUUCCAGUGUUUUGGGGAGUUGGUCUGGUACGAUUCCUCAACGACGAAUGUGACGCAGGCAACGGUUUUGUUGGUACUUGCUACACCAGAAAAGAGUGUAACUAUCUUGGUGGUAGCAACAUAGCUUACUGCGCUAACCAUGCAGGAGCAUGUUGCGUUUUUCAGGAAACUUGUGGGGGAAGUUCAGACUUGAACAAUACCUAUUUUGUAAGUCCCGGAUUUCCCUCAACUUAUACCGGUGGAUCCUCGUGUGUUUUUACAAUUGUUAAGCAAGAAGAUGCCUGUCAGGUUAGACUUGACUUUUUAACUUUAAACCUUGCCCAGCCAAACAGCAACGGUACCUGUAAUACAGACGCCCUGGUCGUUACAGGGGGUGCCUCAAUAGUACCUGUGCUAUGUGGAGAGAACAGCGGACAACAUAUCUAUGUAGACUUCAAUGGAAACACCUCCAUAACAGUGAGCAUCUUCGUGAGAAGUUCUACAGUAUCUCGUUCAUGGAACAUCAGAGUGAGGCAGAUUAACUGUAACUGUCCUUGGAGAGCUCCUGCUGGAUGUUUGCAAUGGUAUGAAAGUUUGAGUGGUACUGUUAGGAGUUUUAAUUAUGGUUCUUCUAGCGUACUUAAUGGUACCAGGCAGUUGGCUAAUAUGAAUUAUGGAGUUUGUGUUGCUAUGGCUCCAGGUUAUUGUGGAAUUGAGUGGUCACAAUCCAGCGACACGUAUGGAUUUUCUGUUACUGGAGACACAUUCACUGCUGUAGGAGACGGUACUGUAGGUACGACUAGUGCAAGUCUUACAGGAGAUGAUUGUACGACAGAUUUCGUUGUUAUACCUGCUCCUAUCUUAGAAUCCAACAAUACUCCAUUGAAUACAGACAGGUUUUGUGGAAAUGGUUUUCCCACAGUUAUUUCAUAUUCUAAGCAAUUCGUUUUGACAGUUGUGACAAAUGGGAACGAAGUGAACGAUACAGGCAAUCGUGGAUUUUCGUUGAGCUUUUCUCAAGUUUUAUGUGACGGAAGUCUCCUUUUUGGAAAGUAG